UGGGGAAAGUGGAGCGCGCCAAGAUUUUGCCGGCUAGGGUUUCCCCUCCUGCUCACUCUUCCUCUCCUCUCUCUUCACCGGCCACCGGCGGCAGCGCGAGGGAUCCAUGGCGGGGGAGGCCAAGGAGCCGGAGGCGGCCGCCCAGGGCGACGGGUCCAAGGCCAAGGCCAAGGCCAAGAAGCCCAAGGCUGCGGCUGCCCCCGGCGACGAGGGGGAGGGGGCCAAGGCCAAGAAGCCCAAGGCUGCGGCUGCGGCCGCCGACGAGGGGGAGGGGGCCAAGGCCAAGAAGCCCAAGGCUGCGGCUGCGGCCGCCGACGAGGGGGAGGGGGCCAAGGCCAAGUCCAAGAAGCCCAAGGCUGCGGCCGCGGCCGCCGACGAGGGGUCCAAGGGCAAAGACAAGGCUGCGGCCGCGCCGGUGGCGGCGAUGACGGAGGCGGAGGUGGAGGAGCUGCCCAAGGCCAUCGUGCGGCGGCUGGUCAAGGACAAGCUCGCCCGGGCCGCGUCCGGCGGCGAGGGGGCAGAGGGAGGGGCCGAGGUCAUCGUCAACAAGGACGCCAUGGCCGCCUUCGCCGAGAGCGCCCGCAUCUUCAUCCACUACCUCUCCGCCACGGCCAAUGAUGUGUGCAAGGACGGAAAGAGGCAGACGAUCAACGCCGAGGACGUCUUCAAGGCGCUCGAUGAGAUCGAGUUCCCCGAGUUUGUGGAGCCCCUGAGGACUGCACUGGAAGAGUUCAGAAGCAGAAACGCAGCCCGGAAGCCAGCAUCAGGCAAGAAACAAUCUGAAAAGAAGAGGAAACUGGAGGCAGUGCCCGAAGAGCAAAACGGUGCAGCCGUUGAAGCCAACGCGGACGAGGAUUAGUUUUUCUGACCUUAUGAUAGGCUGAAUCUGAAUCACAUUAGCGGGUGUACUUCCUUAGCAGUAUGCCCCUUGUGCUCUGUUUCGCGGUCUCUAGAUGCAGAGCUGUCGUGUACUUGGUAUCAUGAUGUAUGACUCUGUUUCUGUUCCAAACAUCGUCAGCUAUGGUAGGUCAAAUUGUCUUCAUGCUAUUUAAAUUAGCACAUGUGGUGAAAUAUGCUGUUUUUGUGUUAAUGGUAGCACAUGAAUGAGUUGAUUGGAA